AUGGCGCAGCCGGCCCCCGCACCCUUGGAGCUCGAACCCAAGUACGACAACUAUGACUACCCGACCACCGCUGCCGUCGCUCAGAACGGACACCCCGGCUAUCUGACGCCCGCCCAGCAGGCUCAGGUCCACCAGUUGCGUAUGCUGCUCGAGGCCGAGGGCUACACCAAGCGUCUCGAUACUCUAACUCUGCUGCGCUUCCUGCGCGCCCGCAAGUUCGAUGUCGAGGCUUCCAAGAAGAUGUUCAUCGACUGCGAGAAGUGGCGGGAAGAGACCAAGCUCGACGAGACGGUGCCGAACUGGGAGUACCCUGAGAAGGAGGAGAUCUUCAAGUACUACCCCCAGUACUACCACAAGACUGACAAGGACGGUCGGCCCGUCUACAUCGAGCAGCUCGGCGGCAUCGACUUGAACGCGAUGUACAACAUCACGACUGCCGAGCGCAUGCUGACGAAUCUGGCAGUCGAGUACGAGCGGCUGGCUGAUCCGCGGUUGCCGGCGUGCAGCCGCAAGGCCGGCACUCUCCUGGAGACGUGCUGCACCAUCAUGGACAUGAAGGGCGUGGGCAUCACCAAGGCGCCGUCGGUGUAUGGCUACGUCAAGCAGGCCAGCGCGCUCAGCCAAAACUACUACCCGGAGCGUCUGGGCAAGCUGUACAUCAUUAACGCCCCUUGGGGUUUCAGCACUGUCUGGAGCGUCAUCAAGGGCUGGCUGGAUCCCAUCACUGUGCAGAAGAUCCACGUCCUGGGAAGCAACUACAAGCAGGAGCUGCUGAACCAAAUCCCGGCCGAGAAUCUGCCCAAGGAGUUUGGCGGUACCUGCGAGUGCCCCGGCGGCUGCGCGCUCAGUGAUAUGGGCCCGUGGCGCGAGGCAGAGUGGGCUCGUCCAGCUUGGUGGGAGAAGCAGCAGGGCAGCGAGAGCAAGGCGUCACUGCCGGCUGAUGAGGUCAAGGCCGCCGAGGCCGAUCUGAAUGCGGGUGCUGCCGCUGACGCCAAGGCCGAUGCUCCUGCUCCGGCUGCCGCAUAG